AUCAUGUCUCUGAACUUGUAAGCUUCAAUCAUAGUGACUCUGAGGACUGUCAACUUCUCCUAGGGCAGAUUACCCCCCAGUGCGCCAAACGCCAUAGCUCACUCGUUUAGCUACGGAAUCGAGUGAUUCAACUUUCAGUGGAAAGCUGACACUGCCAGCUACAACAUAUCCGAUUUUCAGAUCGUUUCACCGAUUGGAGUUUUUGAUAUAGCUAUUCGAAGGUCGCGAGUUUUCUGGGCGUCAUAACGAAGUGCUGCAGAAAUUUCCAAGGAGCCAUUGAAUCAUCUGCUUAUAGCCUUCUCUAACCAACAAGUGGUAUCAGAGCCUAUUAUCACGCAUUUGGGACCUAAAAUACGAUGGGAGAUAAAGAGGACUCUGGUGGAGGUGAUACUUCAGUCCAAGGAGGCAGCUCAACCCAAGAUUCUGGCAUUGCAGCGCAAAGGGGAGCGCGUACAAGCCAGGGGUCACUGCUUAAGGAGGUGCUGAAGAACUUCACCAUUGAGAAGUUCUCUGGAGAUGGCUAUGAUGAUUGGGCAUGGAAGAUGCAGCUCUACUUUCGACAAAUUGGCCUCUUGAAGCUCAUGAUUGGAACGGAGCCAAGGCCAAAGGAAAUGGCAGAGCAAGCGGACUGGGAUGAACGUUCAUCUGCUGGGUACUAUCUACUGUCACAAAGCUUGGAGCUGAACCAGAGGCAUCACAUCAUGCAUCUGCUACCGGAAAUUGAUUGUGGGCCCAAGGCAUGGGCAGUGCUCAAGGACCUGCACGCUCCGACAUCGGUUGCCGCUUCUCUCAUGCUGGAUCGGGAGCUGUCCAUGCUGCGGUUGAGCGAGAAUGAAGCUGUGCAGCCCGUACUGGACAAGAUGAGGGAACUCUACGCGAAAUUGGCGAUUGCAGGCAUCACGUACCCAGAGCAGACAAAGUGUCUCAAGAUGCUCAGCCUGCUGCCGGAGUCUUGGCUGCAAUUUAGAAGCGGACUCAGCUUGCCACAAAACCAAAGUCAAUGGACAUUGGAGUGGAUUCGCACCAAGAUUCUGGAAGAAGAUUUUCGUCGCUAUACACUGCGCGGAGGUGAUGACAGCACCAGCGGCUAUGCCAUGCAAGGGACAUGGAGGGAUCGAGGGCGUGGCAAUCGCGGUCGCUCUUACCACAGCCAAGGUGGUCGCGGGACUUGGAACCAGCGGGGGCGUGGUGGCGCUGGUGCAAGAGGAAGAGGUGGUCACUCCAACAAUGACAACAGUGAACCACGCUUGAGGGGAGAGUGCUGGUAUUGCAAGG